CGCACUAAAACUGCACGAUCAAUUUUGAGAUUAAAUAGUAAACGUUAUUGUUUAGAAGCCAUUGACAUUCAUCAUAUUUCUAUUCGAGUUUCAUGGCACAGACGUUUCUAACGUCAUUGCAAGUUGCCUCACUUCUCGUAAUUAAUGUUUCCCAAGAAUGAUUCUUUAGCAUUUUAUUACUUUUGAGACUGAUAUAAUGGGUGAAUUCAAGUUAUUUAAGCGUGCUAUAUUAUUGGAACUAUUUGGAUGCAUAUGUAUCUACUUUGUGGCAGGUGAUUUUGUACUGGUUGCAGAACGUAUAUCAGUGUUCAAUGCGUCGUUUGAUAAGUAUAUCAAUGAAACCUUAAUUUUUGAGCAGAUUCCAUUAAAUCCAGCUCCAAAAUCAGUGAAGACAGUUGAGUUUGAUCCCAAAGAAAGGAAACUUUUUUGGUCGGAUAUAGAAAAGAAUGAGAUACGUAGGUCAAAUAUGGAUGGUUCUGGCCAGGAAGUUGUAUUUUCAAACGUGUCAUUGUCUACAUUUGUUAUCGAUGUGGUGAAUCGUAAUAUAUAUUGGUCAGAUCUAAAGUGCAGUUGUAUAAAAAUUGCAGGCUUAGCUACGAUGAUCGAUUCUACACUGAUUAACGACAUGACGAAGCCAUCUGGAAUUGCCAUUGACAUAGACAGCAAUUACAUUUACUGGACAGAUAUCGUCGUUGGCGUUGGCCAAUCAAAAAUUGGAAGAGCCCGCAUGUCAGAUGGUAGUGGCGUAGAAAUACUGGUAGACAGUGAUUUAACAACUCCAACAGCCAUUGCAAUCGAUAAAGAAGAAAGCAAACUUUAUUGGUGUGACGAAUCUGGUAAAAUUGAAUUUUCUGAUGUUGAUGGUAAAAACCGGCGCACUUUGAUCACUGCGUUCACCGCAGCACACUACCCAGUGGAUGUCAAACUUCAUGGAACGUAUGUAUAUUGGACUCAGCAAGGAAGUCCAGAACUUAUGCGUGCACAGAAGGCGACCGGAGGCAAUAUUGAAGACAUCAGUGAAUCAAUCUUUUCUCAUGCUAGGAGUCUAUAUAUAUUCACACGGAUUAAUUUUUGUAUUAGUGAUCCGUGUCAAAAUGGAGCUACAUGUGUCAACGAAGUAGCUGGCUAUGAAUGUGUUUGUAAACUAGGAUACACAGGAAAGUAUUGCGAACGAGGUGAUUUCAUUCUUAUUGGUGACACUGCGAACUCAGCAAUACUUAUAUCCAACAUAGGGCUAGAUAACAGUAUGUUAGAUUUCGAAGUGAUAGAUAUUGAGCCACAACCCGAAUCCCCCACCAGUGUCCAAUACGACUACAUCGAUAACAAAGUAUAUUGGGUCGAUUCAGCGAGGAAAGAAAUCAACCGUGCAGACUUAGACGGAAUGAAUUUUGAAAACGUCCUCACAGUAACGGAUGGAAAUACUCCCGUAGAUAUAUCACUUGAUGUUGUAAAUCGAAAACUGUAUUGGACAAGUAAUGGAUUACAAGACCGCAUCGAAGUUAUCAAUUUCGAUGGUACUGACCAACGGCUCCUGAUGGCAAACGAUACAGAAUACCCAGUAUCUAUCGUGAUUGACUUUGAGGACGGGCUCAUGUAUUGGAGUGACAGGGGCGAGAGUUCGAAGAUUGAGCGAGCUGAUCUAGACGGCUCGGAUCGUGAACCUUUCAUCUCAGUCGGAUUGACAGAUGCGCAUUCAUUGGCAAUAGAUCCAAUUGACCGUAGAUUAUAUUGGAUAGAAGACGCUUACAAACGCAUACAAUACAUCUCGCUUGGUGGGGAAUCUAAAAACCAGAACACGUUGUUGAAUUUAAAGCCCUAUUCCAGCAACUCUGACCUCGCCAUAUAUGGACCAUAUGUUUAUUGGAUAGAGAGUGACAGAAUAUUAAGGGCACCACUUGAUGUUGAUGACGUGACCGAGAAUAAAGUUUUUGAAGAAUCGGGAUCAUUCGUUAGAUUUACUUGUAUGUUUAUUCAGACAAAUAUAGACGAGUGCGCAAGUGACCCAUGUGUGAAUGGUGGAUCAUGCGUGGAUGGCUGGUCAGGCUACACAUGUGAAUGCGCGUUUGGGUACUCUGGCGUCAUCUGCGAGGAAGCCCUUCCUACAACUGUUUCGUCUAAGAGCAGUCCCGACCCUAUCAGCACACUUCUGACCAAUCAAGCAUCAGUAACCAAACCACCACCAGACAAAGCUAUUCAAUCAAAACUCUUGGCAGGUAUCAUCAUUGCAUCGCUUGCCAGUGUCGGUCUUUUGAUACUGUGCGCCUUGCUGCUUUUUUGGUUCAGAAAGAAACGACGUCAAAAGGAAAUUACUAUAACCAGUGUAAAUGAACGGGAUAUGGAAAUGUUGCUCCCAUCACGCAUUGAGCCAGAUAUUAAAUUCAAAAGGCAUGAAAUUAAACCAGACGAAAGCCUUGAUUGGGAUCAGCGCGUUCUGAUUGGUGGAGGUCGGUUUGGUCAGGUGUUCUCGUGCACCUUAACAACAGGACAUAGCGAGAUUCCCGUUGCCGUAAAGACACCUCUAGAAACGUCGUCUGCUGCCGAGAAAGAAGACUUCAAGGCUGAAAUAGACCUGAUGAUCCAACUGGGAAACCACCACAAUGUCCUCGGUAUUUUGAGAUGCAAGACGACUAACGACCCAUUAUUAAUGAUCACUGAGUACAUGAAAUACGGCAACCUGCUCACUUUCCUGCGCAAUUCUGCUCAGAUGAAAAAAGAUGGAUUUUUUGGUGAUUCAGUGUUCGAUGUUGGUCUUGCGGAGCUGUACAGUAUAAGUCGACAAAUAGCAUCUGGAAUGGAAUACGUCUCUGAAAAAAAAGUAGUCCAUGGUGAUUUAGCUGCUAGAAAUAUUUUGAUCGGAGAAGGUUUGAUUGUAAAAGUUGCUGACUUCGGACUUGGACAGGAUGUUUACGAAAGAGGCUACAUCAAAGUUUCCGGUGGAGAGGUACCUUUGAAAUGGUACAGUCUGGAGACGAUAUUUGAAAAGCGAAUGUCAUCAGAAAGUGAUGUAUGGUCUUUUGGAGUUGUCUUAUACGAGAUAUUCACGUAUGGCAAGACUCCAUAUCCUGACGUCAUUGUAGACAUCCUCCCGAAGAAACUACAACGUGGGUACAGAAUGAAACAGCCAGAGAACUGUCCACCUGAAGUGUAUUCCUUAAUGAAGAGGUGUUGGAAAAAGUCACCCGACAAGCGACCUACCUUUGAGAACAUAUACAAAGAAUUUGACAGCUUGUUGGCAAGUGUGACACUCGCAAAACAUGACUACUUACCAAUGGAAAACAUCAAAUUGGUAGAUGAAGAGUCAAAAGAAAAUGCGUAUAUGAAGAAUAUAGAGAGCAAUUAUGAAAAUUCUGCAUCGUCUUCAAACCAAAACCUAUACGAGACACCCAUACAACCUUCCGACAUAUAUGUGACACCUAACUCCUCUUCCCCCAAUAUUUACAUGUCCUGUGUACCAGACCUGGCGACCCAGAUUUCAAAUGUAUCCAAUCAAUCCAAUCCUUACCAAAUUCCAAAGUAUCAGUCUCAAGAUAUGAACGAGGAAUUGGAAAAUGAGUAAAUUUAACUGUUAAUAAGCGAGGACAUGUUGUAAGAAAAAGAAUGACGCUAAUGCAAGUGUUGUGAUAAAUAUAUAUAUGCGAUAAUAACAUUCCAAUAGCAACUCUCCUUACGAUUAAAAGAUCUGUAUAUAUUUUAGUUAGCAUAUUGCACACAUUUUCAAUGAAACUGGCUACAUGAACUUGCCAAAGUAGACUAUUUCCAUCAUGUGAGUAAUGUCAAGGAACUAAUCAGUGGUCAGGAAUAUACAUCUUGUGACCACCAUGCAACAAGACAUGGUUAAGAUGACGGCCACAAAAUUGCUUGAUUCAAGUCAUGCUGCUGAAUUUAAUUGAUAGAGACACUGACUGAUACACUACAUUUUCUUACCACAUUUGAAAAUAUUUGAUAACUGUAAAUAAUGCAUUUCACAAAUUUCAAAACUAAACUUGAUAUUUAAUAGAUUUAUAUUUAAAAGCUUAAAUUAGGCUAAUUAGUAAGUUAUGCUAGGGAGGCCUAGGAAAUGCCCUUACUUACAAAUACCCUCCUUUUUAUUUUGUUUUUGUCUUGAGCAAGGGAGGAGAUCCAAUUUUGGCUUUAGUUGGAGAGCCUUACAUGCAUUCUUUUUUUCUGUUUUUUAAAAAUUUUAUAAUGUUAGAGCAGCAACCGAUACAUCAUCUUGUUCUUAAAAAAAAUUGCAAAAAGUUUCUGAACAGAAUAUAUAUCUACCUUAUGCACUGGCCAUACCAUCAUGGUGGUGACAAAUAUCUGAUAUGUCUAUAAUAAAAUAAAUAAUGUCAUAUCCCUCUAAUAUAUGAUAAAGAUUACAUUUUCUGACAGAUCUUGAUAAUAAUGUGGACAGACCAUUACAAUUUCAUGUUUUCUGUCUCAUACUUUUCUUGACAUCCUUAGAAUAAAAGAUACCUAUGGUAGAGAAUUCUUAUUUAAGGUUAGAAUUAAUAAUGAACCUAUAUUAAUUUUGUAUGUAUAUAAAGGUUUUCUUAAUUUAAUAGUGAAAGCAUUUUUACUCUUUUGAAUUUAUAAGUUCAUAAGCAAUCCUAUUAAAUUAGUUAAUAUGAUAUUUAUAACUUUCAAGGUAACAGUUGUAAAAACAAAAUACAUUUUCAGUGAUUAUGUCUACUUCAACAAUCUUUAUUUUAUUUUUUUGCCAGAAAUUUAACAGUACUGUACUAGUAGACUAUAGGAAUGGUACCAUUUAAAGUUAACAUGAGUUAAUUGCCGAAGACUUGCUCUAAAAUUUAGCUGAAAUCUCAUAAACUAUUUAAAGAUUCUUUGUCUAAUUGUGGUAUUCAUUUAUUGAAAAUAAAUUUUAUAAAUACAGUUUAUAUUAUACUUAAGUGACAGCAUAUAGUUAACUAAUUACUGAAGUAAAUGUAAUUAUAAUGAUUUGAUAUUAAAAAUUGUCUUUCUUUUCCAUUUCAACCAUUUAUUCUGUUUUGAAGAAUGUUAUGCACUAUACAAGCAUUUUUACUCUUUAGAAUUUAUAAGUUCAAAAGCAAUCCUAACUGUUUUGCAAUAUUUCAAUUUGAAUUUCAAAACAAGACAAACUGUGUCAAAAUAAGAGCCAGAGUCAUCAUGCCUCAAAAUAUCACCUAUAUCAAGAGUAUAUGUACAUAAGUAGAAUUUUCACAGAUUCUAUAUAUUUAUAUACAACUAUUACUAUUGGUAGAAAUCUUCACUGGUUAAGUUCAUACAUUAUAAAAAUGUUCAAUUUCAUAAAAAUAAGUUAUGCUUUGUCAAAGUAGACUGUCAGCAUCAUCAGUUUAUAUGAGGCUUGAUGUUGUAGCUACAUUUUUACUUUCUUCAGUUCAUAAUUUAGUCUGGUACCACCAUUGUUAAAGCAGAAUAAGCUCCCCCACCCCCCUUUAUAUAGGUGGUUGAGACAAUGCUGUUGUAACUGUUGAAGUUACAACUGUACUGAUAAUUAUAACUGGCAUUUAACAAAAGCAUGAAGGAAAGAAAAAGUAAGCAUACAGUACCUUGGUUUUAUCAAAACUUCAUAAUAAUAAUAAUAACUACUAACACAUACUGACUACUUUCUUUAUGUUUCUUCUAAAAUAAAGCAUAAAAGAGGGUAAACAUAACCUCAAAGUAGGUGAUAGAAUGCAUAUAUAUAUUAAAUGUACACUUAAAAGUCAUUUCCCAUAUA